AUGCAAAGCUAUUUGUUGCAAAUACGUUUAGUAGCCAAUAGCCUUUCUAAAAAGAACAGUAAACAAACGAUUCCUGAAAUUCUUUCUUUAUUAGAAAAAACUGGAUUACAGGGAAAAUUUAUUUAUAUUAAAGCCCUUAUCGUUUCAAUUACUUCAGAUCCUGAAAUCAAAGAAUCGUUUAAAUUACAAACACUACGAGAUGAAAUCAACAAUCUAACACAAUCAAAUCAAGCUAUUUUAUUUAAAAAAGAAUUAACAUCAAUGAAUCUCUCGACAACUCAAAUUAAAUCACUUCGGCUUACUCCUUCUGGUGAGUAUUUAUUUGGUACUCCUCCUAGUCAACCAACAUUGCUAACAUCUGCUUUGUUAUUUGACUAUUUAUGUGAACAUCCUAAAGAACGAAUUGAUAGAACUAAUUGUUCAAAUGCUAAUAUUUUUUCAAUUUCAUGGGAAAACCCUGUUUCAUUAGACUUAUCAGUUCCAUCAAUUCAUACUAUAUCAGAAGAGAUUGUCGGUGAAUUAGGUACUUCUUGUGUUGGUUCAAAAGAUACAUUUUCUGCUUUAUUGUCAAACAUUUAUGGUGAAUCAAUGGCUGAACAACAAGUAGGAGAAUUAAUUGUUUUGUUAAUCCAAUGUGUUGAACGUUCAACAAAUGAUUCAUCGACAGUAUCGGAAUGGGAUGCUGAAAUUAUUGGAACAGUAUUAAAACCUAAAUGUAAGAAUUGGAGUAUUAUUGCUAAAGUAAUGGACCUUCAAGGGUAUGAAUAUAAAUCAUUAAAUGCUAUUAUUUUAUUAAUUCGAAUCUUCCAACAAAUUGGUGAUUUUCCAUUUAACUCAUUCUUUAAAGAAGAAUGGAAUAAUGGAAGAGCACAAGGUUGUAUUGUUCAAAAACUUAUUUGUAUUGCAUCACAAUCAACUAGCGAAGGUCAAUAUUUAAUGAAAUAUAUUUGUUCUUUAUAUAAUGUUGGAACACAAAGAGGAAUAAAAAUGGUUUGGGAACAACAAGGCUUUGUAGAACAGAUUAUUGCUAUUGGAGAACGAGCAAAUAGUAAUUUUGAUUUAAUAUAUAAUUCUAUUGAAAUUGUACUACCAAUAUUAUGUAAAUGUAAAGCAAGUGCAGGAAGACAACGUGCAGUGUUAGCGUUAUUAAGAAAUAAUAUACAACAGUACAAUAUCAUUCAACAAUUAUGGAAAAAUAAUAAAUUACUUUUAGCUCAAGGACUUAGAGAUUUGUAUAUUGAAAAUCCAUCUUCCAUAGAUGAUAUUAUUAAUUCUAUUGGAAUUGAAAAAUCUGGUAAAAUUCUUACUCAAAUGAAACCAAUAUCAUUUGCACUUGAUAUUGCAUGUUUAUUAGUUAAAAAAGAUGGGUUUAAUUUAGAUAAAUGGUUAACUGAACAAAGAAAAUUAAGAGGGAGUAUUUUUGGUAAAGAAAUUAUUCAAUUCAUUAAAGACAAACACUUAUUAGUUAAAACAGUAGCACCUUAUAAAAUAGAUAUUUCUAUAAUCGAACAAUUAUUAGCAACAGCUGUAUCUUGUGGUUAUGAUAAAGAAUCUAUUGAAAUAAAGAAACAGUGUUGUUAUAAAACAAAUCAACAACAAAAUAUUUCAAAUAAAGCAAAUGAAAUGUUUGGAGAUUAUUUUAAUAAAAAAUUUUCUGUAGAACAAUUUGUUGAAGAAAUUCAAAAAGCAAAAUUGAGUAAUGAACAAAUUGAUAAUGACUUAUUUGUUUUAUUAAUCAAAACAUUAUUUGAUGAAUUUAAAAGAAUAAAAGAUUUUCCUAAAGAAGAAACUCCUAUUCAAUUUGGUAAAUUAUAUGGAGAAAUUAUUCUCAAAGGAGUAUUAAAAAAUUGUGCAUUAAUUCAUUUAUUAAGAGUUAUAUUAUGGGCUGUUAGAGAAUCACCAAAAAGUAAUUUCUUUUGUUGUGGAAUUUAUGCACUAAAACAAUUUAGUUCACGAUUAAGUGAAUGGCCAACAUACUGUGUUUUAUUAAAAGAUAAUAAAAAUGUUGAGGCACAUGAACCAGAAUUAUAUAAAAUAAUAUGUGAUAAUGCAAAUAAUAAAUUUUCUAAUAUAAUGAAUUUACUACAAAAAUUAUUUAUUAACAUCAAACUUCCAAGUUUACUUGAUUCUAAGAACGUUUCAAUUAUAAAAAAUAUUGUUUCUUCAAGAGAAAAUACAGAAGGAUUAAAUGGAGAACAACUUAAAGAAGAAAUAGAAAAAGUAUUUGAAUUAUUAAAACCACAACCAAAUCAUAAGAAAGUACUUACUGAGAUAUCUUUAUUUGUUAUUGCUUUAUUAAAUGAGAAGAAUCAAAAAGAAUGUAUUCAGUUUGUACAAGAAGUGGAAUCUACAACAGAACAUUUAUUCUCUUUUACUAUUGAAUCAAUUAAUAUUUUUUUAAAAUUACGUGAAUAUGAUAGACAAAGUGCUUCACUGUUUGAGUCACUUGGAUCAUUAUUAGGUUUAUUGACUAUUGGAAUGAAUAAACCAUUAAGGUCAAAUCAUUUAAGACCUAAAAUAUUAUUAACUGAUCAAUUGACAAGAGAAAAUUAUGAUGUAAUGUUAGAAUUUAUUAUUCAUUUCUUAAUGGCCUCUUCAAACUCUACAGUAUUUACUCCAAAUAAUCCAUGGAUACAACCAUUAUUACAAUUUGUUUGUGAAACAAGUUUGUCACCAGAACUUUGUUCACAUCACGAAUCUUCUAAUAAAUUAUUAAAUAAACUUCAUAUUUCACCUGAACAAUAUUUAACUAUUCAUCCAAUAAGAAUUGAAGAAGAAGAUGCAUUAAAUAAAUUAAUUAAAUUUGCAAAAGAUAGAAGUCAUGGGGAUGAAAGUAUUCUUAACGAAUAUGUUGAGAAAAGACAACCUAUUCCUGAAAAAAAAUUAAAACAAUUUUUACUUUGUGAGAAAUCAUUAAGUUUUAUUAAUUUAUUAUCAGAACAUCCACUUCCAGUAAUUCCAGAUUAUCUUAUUUGUCCUUCAUUACCUACAUUCCAAUGGACAAUGAUUAUUACGUAUUCACUUGAUUUUUCAUUACAAGACAUUUCAAAAACAACAAACGUUAGUUUAAAUACAAUUAUUACAACUGUCACUCAGUUGGUUCAAAAAGAUUUUGCAAUGGAAACUAAUUUACAAAAAAUUACAGAAGCUUCUAAUAGAGUAUUUAAUAUUGCACAAAAACUUCUUCAAUAUACAUGUAGAAGUUGUUUAGAAUCAAAACUAUGGAAAUAUUUAUGUCUAUUUGUUUCUUUUUCAAUAAAACAAAAAAAUAUAACACGAACAACUGAACAAAUGAAAGAAAUUGUUAUGACUAGUCUUCAACCAAUCAUUGAAAUGGCAGUUGAAAUUAAGUUAGAUGAAUUAAGAAAAAAUGCUAAACGACAAUUAGAACAAUUUAUUAUUUCUAUUACUUCUGAACGACAAGAAGGAAUGAAAAAUAAAGAAAGUUUUGUUGCAAAAGGAUUUGAAUAUCUUAAUAAUGCUCCAAAAUUACCAGAAGAACUUCAAAUUGCAAAUGGAGGAGUUACAAAUUAUCAAAUGGAAAUGUAUGGUAUUGGAGUAAAGAAAGAGAUUAAAAAUCAUUUAGAUGAUAAAUUAAUAGAAUUAUUAAAAGAAACAUUAGCAUUUGAUGUUAUUGAAAAGUUUGCUCAAUUACUUUCAUUAGAAAUGACUGAAAAAAGUAUUCAUAAAUUAAUAACAAAAUGUAUUGAAACACAAAACAAAGAUUAUUGUUAUCGUUCAAGUCAAAUUAUUGGAUUUAUUAUUAAUUCACAUAAAUCAGAAAAAAAUAUAUACACAGAUAUAUUAACUCAAAUCUUUAAUGAAAUAAUAAAAUCCUUCGAAAAGAAUUAUAAAGAAGAAGAAUUUCAUCCACAAAUUUAUUUAGUAUUGUUAGAAAUGAUAAUUGAAGUUCUAGUUGAAAAAACAAAAGAUAGUACUGAUAAUGCAAUAUUAAUUCAAAAGGUUUUAAAAGUACUUCAAAUUCUUCAUCCGAAUCAAUACCCUAAAUUUACUUGUCAAUGGAUUGAACUAUUUUCUCAUAGAAAUGUUUUGUAUGAAUUAUCUAAACCUUCUGAAAUGAAAAAUCAAUCAUUGGUUGUAUACUUUGAUUUAUUUAUGAAAUAUCUCCAAUUUAUUCAACCAUUAUUAAUUAAUAAAAGUACUGCUAAUAAACAAAUUAUAUCAGCUACUUUUAUAUGUAUUUUAGUUAUUAGAGAAUGUUUUCCAACACUUGUCCAAUUAUUUGCUCUUUCAUUCGUAUCAGUUAUUCCUUAUACUGCACUUUCUUUAAGACUUCCAAUUUUAACUGUAGUCUCUCAUGACGAUACUUAUACUGAACGCUUUGAACCAAUCUUAAAAAUUAUUCCAUCAGAUUACCAACUAAUUCUUAAACAAAAAAAUCCAAAAGCAAUAUUAACAUUGGUUCAUAAAUUAUCAAGCGUUUCAAUAGUUCUCUUCUUAUUCACUUCAGAUUCAUUAGAUGUUCUGAAAGAAAUGAUGAUAAGUUCUACUAAUAAUCAAAGAAUUGAAUUGGUUAAUGGUAUCGCAGAUUUAAUGAGAUUACAAACUACUACAGAAGAGAUGAAAAAAUUUCUUGCUGGUUUAAUUAAAAUAAAUGAUCAAAAUUUGAAUGAAAUAAUUUUACGAGUUCUUGUUGAACGCUCUUUUGGAAAAUAUCAUCAAGUUGGUGCCUUAAAUUCAUUAACAAGUUUAACUCAAAAAUAUUCUCAGUUAAUUGAUCUUGCAAAGAGGAAGUCAUUGGUUGUAGCAGAGAAAUUAUCAAAAUUAUGUUAA